CUAAUUGAAGAUAUCCCGGAAAAACUGCCCUCGGUGGUCUGAGCUUGAGCCCCCCUUUGAGUGCUACGCCGUGACGGCGGUUCUGCUUCUGUCGGCGCACCACGUCUGCGGUGCAAAUAGGACUCGCGCGUGACAUACAUUGCUGGCCCGUUGUGCAACAAGAUCGGCAUUCCGAAAGGAGAUGGUUGAAGAUGGCUGUCAGUGCGGCGCCAGCUGCCAUUCAUUGGUGGUGUUCCAGAGACGCAGGUCGGCUGUCGACAGUGAGGGUUGCCGGGCGACGGUCACGCGUGUGAGAUUUUGGGGGAGUCGUCAAGGUGGUCGGUCGCAAGAGAUAACAAGCCUCUGGAACGUGUUGCUUGGGCUUCAAGACCCGACCCGGGGUGGCGAGAGUUUGUUGGUGUGACGGGGGUUUGCAAGUCGGUCACCGAGGGUCAAUGUCGACUUCCCUUGGGCUCAACAGUCUGACCACAUCGCCAAUCGCCUAUGACCACACAAGCUACCAGUGGAUCUACAAAACGUUGACUCGGCGUUCUUUGUCCAUGCUGGCGGGGUAAAGUCGAUGGUCCCAUCGGUAGCGGGACUGUGGAUGCACUGACGGGCGGGGAAGACGCAAGGGUCGAGGUGAACUGUGGUAGAGCUUGGGAGCAGAUAACGAACGCCCUGCCACAUCGUCCCUCUUAGAGCAGGUACGAUAAGGAAGGAGUCACCUGUCACCUGGGUCGUGGCCAGAUGGGCCUUGACAGCAUGGUGGUGGUGCUGGAGGUCGAAAUGGGUUGAUGCGGAGCGCUGGCAGCUGACAGCGCCAGCCCACCGGCGCUAACAACAACAGCUUCUGACAAGAGGCCUCUCUCUGACACCUGAAGCCUGGCCCUGGUCCCUGGCCGCAUAAUCCAGUGCUCUUGGCUGGGUAGCAUGACAGUAGCUGCUUGGGCUGUAUCCCCCUGGGAAUCACUGAUGCACAAUCUCGAAUUCGUCUGCAUGUCGCAUGACUGACAGUCUUUUCUCUCUGGCAGUCUUUCCCCUCUUGCCGUGUGCCCGACGACGACGACAACGGUUGUUGGCCCAAGUACUCCGUACACUACAGUGGACUCGACUCCAACCGGGCUCCACCCUUGCUCCCCACCACCGUCUCCUCCCCCUCAAAAGCUGCCCUCUGGCAAUCACACCUUGGGCUGGCUGCGCACACUGCCGCAGACGCCGACGUCACGACCAAGAAGCAUCCGAACUUUGAACUUUGUCCUCCCAAAAACAUACUCCACCAGCACGCCCACAUACACAGCAGCUGCUAACCUUAUCAUCACAUCACCCGUCGCCGUCGCCGUCUUUGGACAGCUGCCGUGUGGAUCCCCUCGCUCCCAAGAGAGCCAAGAGCACCCGCGGUUGCUCACCAGCUUACCGUCUGUCCACAUUACCACCGCCUCCAUCGGGUCGCCCGUCGCAUCGCCUGCCCUCGGAGCAACAACCCCCCAGCUCGUCAUCACGAGCGAGGGGCCCACCGUUCCUGAUCGAACCCGAGCACUCCGCCACCCUCGGUGUGAGAAUGGGUAACACCAACGCCAAAGAGUCGCGUUCAGGCGACGCCGGCCCUUCCUCCAGCCAUCGCCAUCACCGAACCUCCCUUGCUCCCGCCUUCGACCCCUCCGCCACAUCAAAUGACCGCCCAGCCUCAAGUCACCGCUCGAGGAAUAGGGCAAGCCGCAACGACCUCGGCACCUUGCUGGGCAUCGGCCAGUCCUCCUCCUCCUCAGCCUCCCGCCCCGACCCCUCCUACGAACGCCGCGAGACCAAGCAGGAGCGCGAGGCACGCCGGCUCGAGCGCGAGAGGGUCCAGCGUGUCAAGGAACGCGAGAGGAGCAUCAGGGAGGAACAUGUCGACGGCGGAUAUCUCGUCACCAUGGGCGUUUACGUCGGCCCCGAGGACUACAGCAAACCCGUCGUCCGCCAGCUACAGAUUGAGAGGAAAGUCGCGCCUUUCUGGAGGGGCCUGAACGAUUUCGACGAGCAGUGGGCAGAGCAUCAAAUCAUUGCCGCUGCCCGAGGCCUUCCUAUCCCCCCCGCCGACCAAACACCACCCGACGAGCUGGUGCCGAGGCCCCUGUCCUCCUCCGCAUCUCCGUCCGCUUCUACUCAGAACCUGAACAAUCUCACUGUUCCCAUGGGUCCCAGAACACAGUCCGUGGCAUCCGACAGGAGCGCUUCCAACGUGGGCUCUGCGCUGCCGUCGCCCACUGGUCCGGGCAACAAGUCAUCCGCCUCUCCCUUCAAGCCUCGCACCAAGGCACUCGCUGCAGCUCUGAGCCUGGGCUCGCGUAACGGCUCGAGUGCAGAGCUAGCUCCACGAGAGAUAAACCUGCCCAACGACCCAUUUGUAAACGGGCAGCCGCUCGAAGUGUUCCUGUACAAAGAGGGCAGCGAAUGCCCCAUCUGCUUCCUCUACUACCCCCCAUACCUCAACCACACUCGAUGCUGCGACCAGGCCAUCUGCAGCGAGUGUUUUGUGCAGAUCAAGCGCCCCGACCCGCACUUUCCCGAAGGUCAUGGCGAUGGGGAGCAGGCGGAGCCAGCCCCAAACCCGGAAGAGCAGAGUGGCCUCCUGAUCUCGGAGCCUGCGCAAUGUCCUUACUGCCAGCAGACUGAGUUUGGUGUCACAUACGACCCUCCGCCAUUCCGCCGGGGCCUCACCUACGCCAUACCGCCGGGAGGCGUCGGCACCAUGAGCACUGCGAUGAGUUCUAGUAGCUCCCUCAACUCGGCAGCUCUGUCGCCAACCCCCAUGUCACCCCCUCCGUCUGGUACGGGCGGAGGAAGAAGACGAACACAGUCCCUGUCCGCCAACGCGCCCAAUGUCAUUACAACUGACCGCGUGCGACCGGACUGGGCCACUAAGCUUGCAGCGCAGCGGAACCACCAGGCUCGCCGCGCUGCCGCCGCGACAGCGUUGCACACCGCUGCCUUCCUCAUGGGGGACUCCGGGACAAGGUCGUUCGGUAGGAUGAGCCGGUUCAGCAGGAGGAACACCAAUAGCGAAUCCAACAACACGGCCGACGGCAACGCCGGAGCCGCAGCGGCGGCCGCCGGAGCCUCGGCAGGAGCUUCCUCCGGCCCUGAACCUGGUCCUAGGAACAGUUCUGGUCGUGGCCUGCUGGCUGGGCCUACGAACGACCGGCGCCAAAGCCACAUGGAGAACCUCGAGAACAUGAUGCUUGCUGAGGCCAUUCGACUGUCGCUGGCGGCCGAAGAAGAACGAAAGCGCAAGGCUGAAAAGGAGGAGAAGAAAGACGCAAAGCGGAGAGAGAAGGAAGAGCGCAAGGCUGCCAAGGCAGCUGCUAAGGGGCAUCCGUACUCGGGCAGCGGCCAGAGCUCUACCAACGGGAGCACGCUCAGCUUGCCGGGCCUCGGAGCUAUUGGCCGGCGAAGAGGCAACAGCGCUGCGUCGAAUCUGAGGAUGGAGGCUACAACAGCCAACGCAAUGGCGUCGACGGGAAACUCCAGUGGCGCAGUCAACUCCACACCCGCUUCGGAGGCGACCGCCAAGGGAAAGGGUGUUGACCGUGGUCCGGCGCAGACAUCUUCCGAGUCUGAAAUCGGAAGGGCCAACGUGGACGCUCUGCAUCCCGAAAAGGCACCAACGUCCACUCCGGCUCCGCCACCUACCUCUGCACCACGUCCCGUCCCUUCACCGCACCAGCAUGCCGGCCCUUCUCACCUUCGCCAGAUGAGCAACGCAUCCUCUGGGUCUUCCCUGCCUGAUUCCCAGUCCGGAAGCUACCAGAACCAACCCUUUCUCCAGGAGGACCCCCAUGCCAGCGGUGUGUCUCUUGCUGGCAGAAGCGACGCGAGUGACGAAGGCGGCGCGGGACGGUCCGGCGAGAACGAGCACGACGACACGAGCAGUACAGAACCAUUGUUCAACUACCGGAGUUUGGCACAAAUGGUUGGGGUCGAGAUGGAUGGUGUCAAUGCAGGCCGUCGGCUGAGCCAGAUAGGAGAAAGCCAUGCCGAAGACGACGCCAAUGUCACCAUUCCAUCCGAGACCCAAGGUGACGAUAAACGCGACUCGAUCCACGAGGCCAGCGCGGAACAUACGGAAGAUGUAUCAUCACCACCACAGACCGAGGAAGAUGACAACGACAAGAUGUCGAAGAGCGUUGCGACGCUGACACCAGAGAUGAUGAGCGCUGGGAAAGACGCUGCCGAGGCUGGUGGCACGGAGGUGGCCCAGUCUAGCGGGCCUGUGAACACACCGCAACUGAUGGUUACCCCUGAAACGCCCGUCCCCGAUGACGAUGGAGCCGAGUCCAAGCAGCUGGGCUUCCAGGGCACGAGGACGGUAGAGAUACCGGGAGAGAUGACCCACUGAGACUAUGUAGGUAACAACGGGCUUUCUAAACCAGGAAGUCGGGGACAUGUUUGUCAUGGACGCGUGGAUCGAAUGCAUGGGAGUAUGGGUGGAUUAGAUCAUCUUGGUGACUGGGGAAAGUAUCCAAAGGAUAGACUGACUAUGACCACCUAGCAAGCGAUGGUUUAUCUAUUUCAAUGCAUAUAUUAUACUACA